AUGUUGAAGAGCAUUGUGAGAGGUAUUCCCGUCACCAGUGUUAUUCAUGUAAUAGUCGUGAAAUUGGUGCCUACCCGAACUCCAAAGCAAGAUCAAAUGCGCGAAACGUACGAUGAACUCGUUGCGGGAAAACAGGGCGAGGGUGGUGUCAGCGACCCAGCUUUGGCGAAGGUUCGAAGGCGGAAGAAACCUACCGAUCGUGUCGCGAAAGAGAAGGCUUCACAACAAGGUCAAAUGGACAAUACACAACGUGGGGAUCUUACACGAGAACACUCAUUAACAAAAGGUCGAAGACGCAAGAAACAGAACAAAAACGGAGGGGAAAAUCCAGCUUCAAAACAAGGUCAAACGGAGAAGCAGCGCGAUACUGUUACCGUUGAAACCAAAGCCGCCACAAAAGCGCAUGGCCCCGAGAGUCACGGCGAUAUCGCAGUAGAGAUGCGUACGACGUGUUUCCGCUUGGUGAAGGUUACCACGCGCGGGAACGCAUCCGUGAUUGAAGCGAUACGUAGUUCGAACACUCCUACAAGCGCGGAGGCGAGGAAAAUUGCCAUCGCUAUGGAACUGUAG